AUGGUUGAUCAUCCAUAUGACAUUUAUGAUGAACCCGUAGCAGCUGAACUUAUAGAACGGCACCGAAAUAUUCAUUCAUGUUCAGCAACGCCACCAACACCAAGAAGACCGCCUUUGACGGUUAUGAAGCGUGGUAAUAGCAUAGUAAGCAGUGUUGAUAGUUGUUCAUCACCUGUAUGUACCUUUGGACGUGAUUACGUAUACUCAUUACAUCAAAACGUGAAGUCAUCUCUGCUCUAUGGUAAGAAUAAUAUCACAGUUACCAUUUCACCAGAUGGGCCACCGAUGAAAGGUUACUUAUCGUUGCAUCAAAAUUCACUUGGAAAUGUUACAGUUAAAUGGACUCCAAACCAAUUAAUGCAUUCAAGUUCACAGCCUUCCUCAGCUUCUUAUGAUUAUCUUCAUUGUGACAACGAUUGGCUAUGGAGACAUAUUGUGAAUAUCAAUAUCAGUGACAUUAUUUACAUACAUGUACAUCAAUACAAUGAAGAUUCACCGAGUACACUAAUCUUUGUGGGAGGUGAUGGAAUUCAGCAUUCACCAAUGCAAUUUGCAGUUGGCCAUCAUCUGUUGGCAUUUCUUUCUUGCUUAGAAAGUGGCAUAGCACCGUUCAGUCGACUCGAUCCACCUUUAUGGUUUUCAAAAGACAAAGGUAAAAUAUUACCAAAAUUGCGUAGAAGAAGCAUAACUGCAUCGAAUGAUUCAAGCACAAGUUCAACGGAAGAUAACAAGCUACAGGAUUACGUGUUUCGAAUAGUUCACUGUUAUACUUCUGCUAUGCGUCUCGCUGAAUCAAGUAAUUCUGAAAUAAGAUCACAUGAAUCUUAUCCAGUGGUUGGAAAGCCAAGCAAACGAGAAGAAAAACGAACAAUAAGUGAAAGCGAAGUAAAUGAACUAAUGAAGCAAAAUUUUAACAACGCUUGUUCUUCGAUGAAAACUCAAAUAUUGGCCCGUACUUUCUAUGGAUGGUUGGCAUAUUGUGGACACUUGCGCACAAUUCGAAAUCAUUUAUCGAUUUUGAUAGAUUCCAAAGCGAUAAUAGAAGAUGCGUGUACGCCAGUUGAUGAAAAUUUUUGGAUGGAAUGUAGAAAAUUCAAAACAGAAAAGUUGGAAAAAGAAUUCUUAUCGCGAGUUUAUCGUUAUGGUAUACGUGAAAAUGAAUCUCACACGCUACGACGUAAAGUUUGGCCAUAUUUGUUAGGUCUAGUAAAGUGGACAGAUGAUUUUGAACAACUUCAAAAUACCUAUCGUGCAAAAUACUACAAUGACGUGGUAGAAUGGGAAAAAUUGGAAAAAGUUAUUCGUGAACGAGAUAAAGAAGCAUUUGCUGCAGCCCGACUUCGAUAUCAAACUUAUAAUGCUGAUGUUGAAGGCAAUACAUGCUUUCAAGACUUAUCUUUUAACAACGAAGUAUUCGAAGAAGGUGAAGAGUCAAACAAAAUGAGUAAAAAAUCGAGUGAGGAUGAUUUAAUCGAAAAAUUUGGAGCUAAUUUGCACCGUAUUGAGAAAGAUGUGGAACGCUGUGAUCGGAGUUCUGUUUAUUUUGCCAAAAAAGAGAAUUUGUGCAAGUUGAAAACAGUAAUGUGUACUCAUAUAUGGAGGAACAUAAAUGAAGGCUAUACUCAAGGCAUGUGUGAUAUUGCUGCUCCAUUACUUGUCAUCUUUGACGAUGAACCAUUGGUAUUAGCAUGUUUUGACCAACUUAUGGUUCGAAUGAAGAAGAAUUUCCCUCAUCGUACUGGUAUGGAUGACAAUUUGGCUUGUAUGAGUUCCCUUAUUCAGGUGAUGGAUCCAGAAUUCUAUGAGUACAUAGCCGAAGGUGAUGCAACACAUCUUUAUUUUUGUUAUCGAUGGUUUUUACUGGAUUUCAAAAGGGAGCUAACUUAUACUCAAAUAUUUCGAGUUUGGGAAGUAAUUUGGGCCGCUUCUUCAUUACUGACAAAUCAUUUCCAUCUAUUCUUCGCUCUAGCAAUGAUUAUUGCUUAUCGCCAUGUGAUUAUUGACAAUCGGAUGGAUUUUACUGAUGUUAUCAAGUUUUAUAACGAAAUGGCAGAGAGACACAAUGUUGAUGAACUUUUGGAUUCAGCUCGUAGUCUUCUUGAACGCUUGCGAGCAAUUAUUGUGGAACUUGAACAACCAAAAAGCUGA